UGAUCAUUAGUAAUCAUUUCACGCGCGUAGCUGAAUUACAGUGAUUUAGUGGUUAUAAUCAAAUGAGAAAUACUUAUUAUUGUCAUAAGUGUAGGUAUGGAUUCUGACGGUGCUAAUCGGUCGAAAUUUUGGGAUAAUGUUGUUCAAAAAUUUACGGCUCCACCAUCCGUGUACACAGUAAAUCCGCAAGGAAAUCAAAAAAAGGAUACAGAAGUUGAAGAUCCCAACACAGUAAUCGCUGGGACAGUCUCUGAAAAUCGCACGCAUGAAAAUAACGUUCGGUCUAGAGCGACCCAUGCCUCGUAUGGGAUAUCAUUUAAAAAACCAAGGCUUUUUAACCAGGUUCUAGCAUCAAUUUCCAUAGCAUGUGUAUCUGCUGUGACCGGAUUCAUAUCAGCCUUUACAGCACCGGCAACCGACGGUAUUAAGAUGGAGUUAAAAGUAUCCGAUGAGGAGUUUUCGUGGGUCGGCAGCCUGGUACCGUUGGGAGCGUUAGUUGGAGCGCUAGUAGGCGGACAGCUCAUUAAUUUCUUUGGCCGAAAGAGAACGAUUUUGAUUGCCAAUGUUUUAUUCCUAAUAUGCUGGGGGAGCAUCGCGAUCGCUUCGAGUGUAGAAUUUCUGUUUGUCGCAAGAGGUAUUAGCGGUUUUGCGGUAGGAAUCGCAUCCUUGACAAUGCCCCUUUAUAUAGGAGAAACAAUUGAACCGCAUGUGCGUGGGACUCUGGGAUUGUUACCAACAGCGUUUGGAAAUAUUGGAAUUUUACUGUGUUUCUUGCUGGGCACAUACCUUUCGUGGAGGACUCUAGCCUGGUGCGGUGCUCUCCUAUCAAUACCGUUUUUAUUUCUGGUGUUUCUAAUUCCGGAAACCCCAAGAUGGUACGCCUCUCGGAAUAGAGAUCGAGAGGCGCACGAUGCGCUGAGGUGGCUUCGUGGUCCAAAUGAGGAUAUUCACGAAGAAUAUUCAAACCUAUUUAACAAGGAAAAGGGAGUUACCCCUAGUGUAUGUCGGGUUAUAAUGGAGUUACGCGAACACGCACACUUAAAGGCACUGAUUAUUGCCUUAGGCUUGAUGUUUUUCCAACAAUUUACCGGAAUUACAGCGGUGAUUUACUACGCAACCGAUGUAUUUAAUAUGUCAGGGUCUGAAAUUGAUAGUAGUUUGAGUACAAUUAUAGUAGGGCUUGUUAAUUUUGCGUCGACGUUCAUCGCCAGUGUGCUAGUCGAUAAGGCUGGGCGAAAAGUUUUGCUAUACGUCUCUAGUCUAUCUAUGAUUCUUACCUUAAUAACGCUAGGCACGUACUUCUACUUCUUGCAUUUGAAAUUUCCCAUAACCCAAUAUGGCUGGGUACCAUUAUUUAGCCUUAUUGUGUACGUCUUAGGGUUUUCUUUAGGUUUUGGCCCAAUUCCUUGGCUGAUGUUGGGAGAAAUUUUUCCUAUUCGAGUCAAGGGGAUUGCAGCAUCCUUUGCAACUGCCUUUCAUUGGUUAUGCACAUUUGUUGUUACCAAAUCCUUUGUAAAUAUAAUUCAAGGAGUUGGACCUUAUGGUGCUUUUUGGAUAUUUGGAAUACUGAGCAUCGCGUCAGUGGUUUUUGUGUCACUUAUUGUUCCAGAAACCAAGAAUAAAAGUUUAGAUGAAAUAGAAGCUAUUAUGAACACCAGAAAAGGAACACCGUACGUAUUUAAGCCUUAAUUUUUCUAGAGCGACCAAUUCUCCCAUCUAGUCAUCUCAUGAACAAACUCACAAUUACGUUUGGAAUACUCCCUUUAUUUCUAAUACGAGCAGGGCGAUAUAAAAUAGCAAUAAUGCGGUAAUCCUAUAAAAAUAUUACUGACAACAAUUGCACAUUUAAAUUUUGCAUGCUAAA